GAAAUUAUUAAGUUUUAUGAUAUGUAUAAAAAAUUAUACAGAAAAGGAAGAAAGGAGAUAUAAGAUACGAGAGACUUAAUUUUGUCAAAGAUUCAUAUAGAAUCAAAAUUAAUAUGAAAAAAAUCUGAUUAUUUUAAAAUAAUUAUAUUGUAAUAUACACUUAUACAAACAUUACUUAAAAUUAUGCCGAAUGUUGUAAUGUUUGAUAAUUCUUUUACAUAAAAAUAUAAGCACAAAUUAAACGAAUCUUAUUGUGAAAACAAUGAAAGUGAUGGAUUUAGUCAGAAAUUCAACAGCUCGCGAUAUUUUAUACCUUUCGGAAGUCACGCUUGAUGAAGUACGAUAAUUAAGUGGUGUACAAUAACAGAUCGGAAGCACGGGAGUGCAACGUAACAUAUUAAGAAGCCGCCUUGUAGUUAACUCGGCGUUUGUCUUAACGUGAAAUAUAAAAGCACCAUCUGUCAGGGAACAAUAUGUCCGUUUCUUCGAGUGCGAGCGUCUCGAUAUUUAAUAUGGCAUCGAUCAGUUGCUGUUACCACAAAAACGUUUGUAUGCGGUAUGGCCCUAGAAGAAUAAUGCCCAUUAACUUUUACGAGGUGAUUUACAUGAUUGUCCGAAUAUCUCAUUAUACUACAAAUUAGUCUGCACAAAUUAGAACUAGUCUUCAGAACCGAACCUUCGAAGCUUAAUGAUCCAUCGUUCAAAAACGAAUAUAGAUUACCAGCGGUCCUUUAUAGCGCUCGUUUGCCGCGCCAUUUGCCACACUCUACGGUAUAAUGUUACCUUUACUUCUGUAUGUGUGUGCGUUACGUUAAUGAAAUUAAAAAGUUCACGAGAAAAUCAUAAUUGUGGAAGAAAAAUGAAGCGCGUGUGGACAGAGGGUCACAGAAGCAUUCUUCAUGCUCGUUUGACAUUCCAUGAGGAAUACGAUCGCAACAUGCUACGGCCGAAAAUCUUGCGGCGGCUGCCAGAGGUAGAACGGAAGAUAGAGAAAAAAAAGAGCCGAGCGAGAAGAAGCCGUACCGGUCCCCCAUAAUUAUUCAUGAAUGAGUUAUCGCUCCGCGUAAGAUGUUGUUUGUGUCACCAGGUACGGCAGUCAACGGUGACCGUACGAAGCGAAACAGAUAUAGCGGAUCCUCCCGAAAAUGGCGCGCUUCUCGACGCUGUUCCUUGAUCGGAUCUUAACGAUUCCUCGCAUUAGGAGACUUUGCAAACGGCGCGAUUAAUCGCGCACUCGCUUGUAUCUUAAUGCGAUUCCCCGGGGGAGGAGGAGGGAAGUCCCUGAUGCUCUCAUUGCGUAAUGAUUCGAAGCGCGUAAUAACGCUGCCCGCCGGGCAGCGACCGGUUACCGUUAAUUACUCUUUAGCUUCUCUGCUUGCUGCCCUGCUCUACUGUUCAUCCCUCUUUGAUUUUUCGCAGCGCCUCGCCUCCGAGCUCGUCCUUAUAGACGUGAACGAGGAUCUCGCUAAGGCGGAAGCAGAAGACAUCAGCCAUGCAGCGGCGUACCUCGGCAAUCCCAAGAUUGUCGGUACCAAAGAUUACGCUUAUGCCAGAGACGCAGCGGUAUGCGUGAUCACAGUUGGAAGCCAGUCUCGUGAAGAUCAGCAACCGGCCGAUUAUCUAGAGCAUAAUCUGAAAAUUUUCAAGGACGUCAUCCCGAACGUUUCCAAGUACGCGCCGAACAGCGUUCUUCUCAUUCUUUCGAAGCCAGUUGACAUUCUAUCGUACGUUGCUAUGAAACUGUCUGGAUUUCCACCGAAUCGUGUUCUAGGACUAGGAACAUUUCUAGAUAGCUGCAGAUUUCAGUACUUCAUCGCUCAAAAACUCGGAAUUUCAGCAAGCGCGAUUCAAGCAUUAAUUAUCGGUGAAAGUGGACCGACUUCUGUGCCGAUCUGGUCAGCUGUUGCGGUAAUGGGCAUGCCUUUAAAAGACAUAAAUAAAGAGAUCGGCACAAAAACAGAUCCAGAAUCCUGGAGGGAUUUACAUACGAAGGUCAUUAAUAGCGAUAACGAGUUGAUCACCAAGAAAGGUUACCAUAGCUGGGGAGUCGGAAUCUGUACGAGCGAAAUUGUUGAUGCUAUCGUGCGCAAUACUUGUGCCUGUUUUACUGUCUCUACGUUCGUGAAGGGCUGCCGACACGGACUGGAAAAGGAUAUUUUUAUGUCAUUACCAUGUAUAGUAGGAAGAAACGGUGUACAGUCCUUUAUUCGUUUGUUGUACACAUCUAAAGAGCAAGAAUUACUCACGAUAUCUUGUCGAAGAAUUUAUGAAGCCCAAAAAUUGGUUCUCGACAAAAUUGAAUAAAUAAGAAAUAUAUUAAUUAAAGUAUUUGUCUUACAAUU